AUGCCGCUCCUCGACACCAUUAUGACCAUCGACGCCGGCGGUAGUCCGACAAAGGCGUCCACCACCAGCGUCUUCGAGGAGAACAUGACGUGGUCUCGACCAACACUCGGCGGCUCCACGUCUUCCACUAAUCUAACCGACGACGAACAGCUACUGCUUCGACUCGCUGCUGCUUCGACGACGACGACGACACCGCGCGCCGUCGACCAAGGACCAAGUGAACGUACAGCUGCCACAGGGAACAACAAGACUAACAACGACACCAGCGUUGAGGUGGAGGAGGAAGAGGAGGGAGUUAGUAGCGGUGAAGGUGACUGUGCUUGCGUCAGAUCGAAUCUACCGUCAGGGACCAGACUGCCUUUCCUCGAGGUAGACGUGAUUACAGGCGAAGGUAGCACGGUAACAGCUUUCGAGAACAGCACAGGUGUCGAGGCGAACGUCACCCAGGAAGAAGACGCGGAGGGACUAAGGGAGCUCGAACUGCUGUUCGGUCUAGGUGGCAUGAUGGAGGACCUGGGUGGUACGUUCAACAACUCCUUCAACGAGAGCCUCGAGUACGCUUGCAACGGUAGCCUGUGCAAUGAAACCACGUACAGAGUGUACGGGGAGAGUUUGUAUCCAUCGGGAUACACGCUGCCUCAGAUCAUCCUCGCGUCCAUCCUAGCGACGCUGUUGAUGAUCGUGAUAGUCGUUGGUAACAUGCUGGUGAUCAUAGCCAUAGCAACGGAGAAAGCGUUGAAGAAUAUACAGAAUUGGUUCAUAGCUAGCCUAGCUGUGGCCGAUUUCUUUCUCGGUCUGGUGAUCAUGCCGUUCUCACUGGCCAACGAGAUCAUGGGCUACUGGAUCUUCGGUUAUUGGUGGUGCGACAUUUACUCCGCCAUGGACGUGCUCCUGUGCACCGCUAGUAUCAUGAACCUGUGUCUGAUCAGCUUGGACAGGUUCUGGAGCAUCACGCAAGCGGUGAAGUAUCUGAAGAAGAGGACUCCCGCUAGGGCUGCUUUGAUGAUCGCUCUUGUGUGGCUACUGUCAGCGCUCGUUUGCAUUCCUCCGUUGCUCGGCUGGAAGAGACCAACUCCCGCCGAAGAGUAUCCCAAGUGCAAGGUUGUUGAAAAUGUUGAGGAAUUAAAUAUUGAAUCUCCGUCUAAGGAUAUUUUAGGUGCUGAAAAUGUUGAGGAAUUAAGUGACGAGAGUUUACUCGAAUUUUCUUGUUUAAAUUUUGAUUAUUCGUAG